AUGUGCAUUCUCUCCGUCAUAAUCCUCUUUACUAACUUCUACACCAGCGAUGGGCUGCUUUGCUGUAUUGCUCUGAACCGUUACCUGGCUGUGGUCCACCCGCUAAAGUAUCCCAUCCUGAGGAGGCUCGACACGGCCGUGAUGAUCAGUGUGGCUAUCUGGGUGCUGGUGGUCUCCUUCAAUACCUCCACCAUCAUCUGGACCGACUCGUACAACUCAGAUGAGCAGAGAGCCAUGUGUUUAGACGUGUUCCCCUUGAGGGACAGUCUGCUACAGGUCAGUGUGGCUCGUUUCGUCCUGGGUUUCCUGUUUCCUGUCCUGCUGGUGUCGUUCUGCUGUCGGGGGAUCUGUGUGGCAGUACGUGCCAACCAGGCCACGGAGGAGCAGGAGAGGAGACAUGUGUCCCAACUCCUGGUGAUGGUGCUGCUCACCCUGGGGCUCUGCUUUGGACUCAUCCACAUUAUGAUGCUCUUGCGGGGGCUGCUGGAGCACUGUGGGAGCCCCUCCUGGCUCUUCCUGCCCUAUAAGGUCAGUAUGGCGAUAUCAGCACUCAACAGCGUGGCUGACCCCUUCCUCUACUGUUUCAUCACCAGGCUGGGCAAGGCAAAUGUCACACAGGUGGUACACUACCUCCAGCGGAAGAGAAAGGUGAAUUGUCAGGAGGUGGUGUAA